CAGCCAAGCAUGCUGCUUACUAUUCUAUUCUGCUGAAACAGCUUUUUAUCUCUCUUUUGGUUGAAUAGAAUUGUCAUUCAUUCAAAAAAAGGAAUUUAAUAAUGGUUUCCAUAUUUCUUUAUCUUCUUUUGAUUACUGGAUUCUCUGCUGCAAUUGCUCAACAAAGAAAUUCCAGCAUUAGCCUCGGCUCUUCCCUCUCUCCAAAUGCCAAUCCAUACUGGUUAUCAGAUUCUGGCCAGUUCGCUUUUGGCUUCUACAAGAAAGGUGAUGGCUUUGCCAUAGGCAUCUGGUUGGAAAAGAUUCGGCAAAAAACAGUCGUAUGGACAGCUAACCGGGACAAUCCGCCACUAUCAAGAAAUGUCACAUUGCUUCUGACAAAUGAUGGCAGGCUUGUCUUGGAACAAGAACAAGGCCAACAGACUGCUCUAACUAAUGCACUGUUCUCCGCUUCCUAUGCCUCCAUGCUCGAUACUGGAAACUUUGUCCUCUACAAUUCAAGUUCAAACAUCAUAUGGCAGACUUUUGAUGCUCCAACAGACACUAUUUUACCUGGUCAACCUCUCUUGGCGGGGAACAAGCUAUUCUCCAGCAGCUCUGAGACAAAUCAUGCAAGGGGAAAGUUUCAACUUAUAAUGCAGCAUGAUGGGAACCUGGUGCAAUACCCGUCAGACAUUCCACCUAAAGCUAAUGACUAUGCUUACUGGGACUCAAAAACAUUCGACGCUGGAGAUAAUAUCUCUCUAAAUCUUGGUCGUAAUGGUCAGCUUUCCCUAAUUAAUCAUACCGGCUUCAAUAUCAAGAAUUUAAACGGCCAAGGAAACACCUCUCAUAAUUUUUCUUUAUAUCGUUUGACAUUGGAUUUUGACGGAAUAUUGCGGUUAUAUUCUCAUGGCUUGAAUCAAGAUGAUGAUGAUUGGUCAAUUGAAUGGUCCCCUUCUAGCAGUAAUUGUGAUCCUAUUGGUCUCUGUGGCCUAAAUGCUUAUUGUACUGUACAGGAACAGAAAGCUGUAUGUACAUGCCCUCCUGGUUUUGAUUUCUUAGAUCGAGGACAACCUGAUUUGGGCUGCAAGAGAAAUUCCAGCACAGAUGGUUGCACGAGCAAGAAUGGAGAAACAGUUGAUACUCUUCAGGAAUUGGAAAGUUUUGAAUGGGAAGACAACCCCUAUUCUACUUUGUCAUUGACCAAAACUGAAUGUAGAGACGACUGCUUGAAAGACUGCGAAUGUGAAGCCGCCCUAUUUAAAGAUCAGCACUGCAGAAAACAGAAGCUUCCGCUAAGAUACGGGAGAAAACGACAAGGUAAUGCCAGUACAACCAUAUUCAAGGUGAGAUUUGGGAGUUCUAACACAACACAGGUAAGCAAGGGAAGAAAGAAACAACAGGGAAUGGGCGUCUUAUUUGGCGGUAUUGCACUUUUAGCUUUUGCACUUGGCAUUCUAGUAAUUACUGGUAUUCUCAUUUACAGAUGUCGUGUUUGGGAAUAUAAAAAGAUCAAAAACAAAGGGAAUGAUGGGUUAAUUGAAGAAGUCAGUCUACGGUCAUAUACAUAUGGGGAGCUUGAAAAGGCAACUAAUGGCUUCAGAGAUGAAGUGGGUAAAGGAGCUUUUGGGACAGUUUUUAAAGGUGUCAUAGACAAUGGCAAGACAGUCGUGGCUGUGAAGAGACUAGAGACAGUGGUGGCUGAAAGUGAGAGAGAAUUUCGUAAUGAGAUGAAAGCAAUUGGGAGAACUCAUCAUAAAAAUCUGGUCAAGUUGUUUGGCUACUGUCAUGAUGGAACAAAUCGACUCUUAGUCUACGAGUACAUGAGCAAUGGUUCUUUAGCAGAUUUCCUCUUCAAAUCUAGAAGAAAGCCAAGUUGGGAGGAAAAAACUGGAAUAGCUUUGAAUGUAGCUCGAGGCAUUCUCUAUCUGCAUGACGAGUGUGAGAACCAGAUCAUCCACUGCGACAUCAAACCUGAAAACAUACUCAUGGAUGAGCAAAAGUGUACAAAAAUUGCAGAUUUUGGUUUGGCCAAGCUGCUGAUGCCUAACCAAACCAGGACAUACACUGGGAUCCGUGGAACAAGGGGAUAUGUUGCACCUGAAUGGCACAGAUACUUGCCCAUAACUUUAAAAGCAGAUGUCUAUAGCUUUGGGAUUAUGUUGUUGGAGAUCGUAUGUGGUAGAAGGAAUGUGGAUGUUGAUCUUCCAGAGGAGGAAGUGGUUCUUGCAAAUUGGGUCUUUGAUUGUUUUGAAGCUGGUGAAUUGGAUAGGCUGGUGAAGGAUGAACAAGUGGAAAUGAACAAGCUAGAGAGAAUGGUUAGGGUGGGACUUUGGUGCAUCCAGGAAGAACCAUCAUUUCGCCCUACAAUGAAGAGGGUGGUACUCAUGUUGGAAGGGACAGUGGAGAUACCAGCCCCUCCUAGUCCUACCCCAUUUUCAAGUGCCAUGUAACUAUGCAAGUCAAUUUGAGCCUUGCACCCAAGUAGCUAAGACCCCAAAAACAGCCAGAUCAGAAAUUUGUUCAGCUUAUCAAUAAUCUUGUGAAUAAAUUUUGAUGGCUUUUCUUUUCCUGAGAAAAUUACUUUUUUAAUUGCUUUC